AUUGGUUGUCGUAAACACGCGGACCAAUGAUUAAUCAGCUUGAAUUUCACUAGCAUUCGGCUGCCUCUGACAGCUGAGGUUAAAUGUCCCUUCACACGAAUCUGUGAUCAAGGAAAAUUUAAGUAGUUUCUCUAUUUCAGCAAUGAGCAGGUUAGCCGCCUUAUUCAGAAGGUUCAGAAUAGUCAAAGAACAUGUUGGCACGGACCAUUUAGGGAAUAAGUACUUCUUCAUACCAGAGCAAAAGACCUGGACGGGACGGAGCGUUCGAUCGAGGAGGUCGGUAGAGGCUGUCAAUCCCAAGGAGUUUGAGUACCUGGAGGGGAGCAUCCCCUCAGAGUGGGACGCUUGGAUUCGAGGCAGAAGGAAGACGCCCCCUACAGUUGAGGAGCUGCUGCAGAAUGAGAGGUACAGGGAGCAAGUCAAACUGCGGGCCCAGGAGGCGGAGCAGAGAGACCUAGCCCUGCAGAGCCAGGAGUACGAGGAGGGGCUUGUGGCGCGCCCCGCCCAAACCCUCAUCAAAGGCCACGCCUCCGCCACUCACUAUGCCCCCGCCCAGAUGGGGGAGGAGCCCGUCAGCACCGCCAACACUUUCCAGCCGGGGUCCUGGAGCCCCCCGGGAGGGGACAACCCGAAAAAAUAAGACCCCGCCCACCCCACAUGCUGUGCACAUUUGAAAUACUUUUAUUUAGCCAUGUUUUUUUUCUAGUGGGCAAGUUGAGUGAGUGACUGUGCAAUGGUCAGCCAUUUUGCUUAAAUUCUCAGUUGACCUUUGUGACAGAUCGUGGAACUGUGCGCUUCCCUUGUCCGCUUUAGAGUUGAGUGUGCAAGAAUGUAGACUGGCCCGAAUGUCCUCUAUUUCAUCAAUAAAAACAUGAAAAUAUGA